AAUCACUUCGCCGGAACGGUCUCUUCCACUUCUCUCCGAUCAAAAAGUCCGUUGAAACAAACUUAGUAACCUUUCUUUCAACGCGUCUACAUAAACUCCUACCUCACUUUCAUCUCUCGAUUCCUCUGCGCGUUCUCCUCCGAGGAAGCUAGGGUUUCAGAGAUGGAACUGGCACCGAUGAGUAUCGAUUUCACUCAGAUCUUCGAUUCAUGGCCGCCGAAGAAACCUCUCUACUCCGCCGCGAAAUCAUCAUCUACCUACUCCGCCUUGGUGGAGGACAACAAAUCCGAGUUCGUCUCCCGCGCGAGACGCGUCUUCCUCGGCCAAGACCCCGAGCGGGAGCGAGGCGAGGCGCUCAAGCUCCUCGCCGCCUGCUGCCGCCGCGACGCCGUCGCCUGCGCCUCGUCUAUCUUCAGCGGAGACAUCGGAUCGGUUCCGUACAUCAACGACGCGGCGGAGGAUACGGGGCUCUCGCCGCUUCACGCAGCGGCGGAAGCUGGCUCGCCGCGGUGCGUGGAGUUGCUUCUCAAGCGACGCGCUCGCACGGAUAUGAGGAGCAAAGACGGACGCGGUUUGCUUCCUCUGGAGCUUUCUCUCUGCAGCGGCAGCCUGGAUGUGAGGUGGGAUCCAAGUGGUGACUCUCUUGCAGACUUGAUCCUUCUGCUUGGUGACAAGGAUUUGACGGUGGUGAGGCUACUAGCUCAGAAGACGAAGGAAGUGGACGUUGUGGCACAUGCAUACGCCAGGGCUGGCGAGAUAGUUCCUUUGACUGCGUUGCUGAUUGUGGCAGUUGAUAAGAUCAGAGACGCGGCUGUGGCGUUACAGGAUGUUGAUGACUCUGUGUCGACGAAGCCAAAGACGACGAUCUAUGAGUCUGUUAUUCAAGAAGCGCUGCGGAGUAGUAGUAACAGCCAGAAAAGAAUGCUCUUGUUGCGGGAGAUUGGGCUCCUUCAGCUCUUUGGUGCUGCAGUUUUUAGUGGAUCUUCUGUGGAUAAGCAAACCUCGCCGCUUUUCUCCAUUGUGCAGGCAGGAGAUGAAGCUGUUCUUGAACUGCUUAUAAACACGGACAUCGAUGUUAACGAAACAGAUGCGGAAGGGAACACAGUUCUUCACUGCUGCCUGAAGGGAUCAUCUGUGCCACAUAAGCAACAAACCAGAAUCAUGAACCUACUUCUUGUACACGGUGCCCGAAUUACCCAUAAGAACAAGUUGGGUUUGUCUGCAGUCCACUUAGCUGCUGCAAAUGGCAAUUUAUCUGCGCUUGAGAUUCUACUAGCCGCCUACCCUGAGUUGGUUCACUCCAAGACAGUAAUCAGAGAGACACCACUAUUCUUCGCAGUGAAGAAUAACCAUCUCGAAUGCGUUGAGUUGCUUCUUCAGUGUGGAGCAAGUGCAGAAAUUCAUAAUCUACGAAAACAGAGACCAAUAGAGCUGACGCAGUCGCAAGAUAUACGCUUCCUCCUUAACCCAACAAACAUCAGUGGCUGUUUUAGCAAAGAAGCAGAACCUGCUAAAGGAGAUAAUGAAGAAACCAGUUUCUCCGGCACUACCGUGCCACCAUGGCUCAAAAAGUUCGUAAAAUGGCUUCCUCGGCAUCUCCGAGAUGUACCAGACAGGUUCAGAGAGAUUAAUGGAUAUCCCCUCUCAUCACUCAAAGCUGAUUUCAACGCUGCUUUUGGGAUGGAACUCAACCACGCCUCCCUUGGCUUCCCCAAGCUCAUCGACUUCAUCAAAUAUUUUCCAAAACUCUGUCAAAUUAAAUCCGUCCUCAUAGGUAAUUCUGCAGUUCCAAGCCACUGGGUGAUGUUACCACCCUCCAAGUGUUCUCAGCUCAAAGGAAGACCUCCAGAACCACUUAUAAUCAAGAACAGCGACUCUUUCUUUCUCAACAAACCGAAAUCCUCAUCAGCAACACAACAAGCACAUGACUCUCAAACCUUGAAGACCAUUCUCAACAAUGACUCUCUCUCUCCCAGCAAACCGAAAGUCUCAACAACCCCAGAUCUUAUGUGCAGUGGCAGCUUCAUACAACAAGCACAUGUCUCCAAAACCUUGGAGCCAGAAGUAGAGCCUCAACCUCCAGUGGCUGCAUCUUACAGCAACUAUCGUCAAGUAAAACAUCCGGUUCUAGAGACAGCUUCAAAUGUAUCUAAAACCUUGAAGCCAGAACCUUCCUUGGAUGCUUCUUACAGCAACCAUCAGAUAAAACAUCCGAUUCUAGAGGCACUUGCAAGGAUCAGAAACAGCACAUCCAUAUUCUUUCUCCGUGAAUUCGACUUCUAUCAAAGCUAUGAGACGUGUGUAAGGAAAGGAAUGUGUUUCUGGUGCAACAAGAGCAUGCUUCUAUGGGCAAACUUCCCAUGUGGACACAAACUCUGGUGCAGCUCUUGUAAACACAAGAUUGCACAAUCUGCAGGCGACCACCACAGGUGUGUGAUCUGUGACGCUAAAGUCGAAUGUUGCAUCUUGUCUCCACCGUUUGGGUUCGAUCGUCAUGCGCUUUCAAGUGGUCUCCCUGACGAUGCUGAAAUAGCGACUUGGUUCCUCGAAUAUCUGAUAUAAGAAAUUUUCAUGAAGAAGGGGAGCAUUCAUUUGGUCGGAUACAUCAUGAUGGGAUAUAAGAGAAAGAAAGAAACUUACCCAGUAACUCCUCCUUUCUGUGGUAAGUUGAUUUGACUCAUGAUACUAAAAAUAAGUAGAAUGAAAACAGAUGAAAGCUCUUCUUCUUAACAACAUAGAAAGUACAUAUAGUAUGGAACAUUUCUAGUGCUUGUACCUCUGUCUCUCGAUAUUAAAUAAUAGCGAGAUACCAUGCUUAACAAAGUAAACAUCUGGUUGUCAAAAAAAAAAAAAAACAAAGUAUGUUCUGAACUGAUAGCAAAAACCCAACUCAAAAGCUAUAAAAAACCUCAUGUCUCUCCAUUUCUACUAAUCCCUCGUCAUCACUCUUGUAAUGUACUGCAAAACUAUUCACAAGGAAUUUUUCUAACUCUUUGGAGCAGUCUUCUCCUUGGACUCCUGAAGCUUCAAAACCUUCUUCACAAUCUUGUGCUCUUCCAUAGGUGCUAAGCAUUAG